AUGACUAUCGGGGAUUUCUUUGACUUUGACAAGACCGAAUAUGCACAUCGCAUAUCCCACUACGACCUAGACCGUCUCCGUAAGCAGGAAAUCGUCAAAACCCGUCAGAUUACAGCUGCAUUCUGCAGUGCCCAAAUCGGGACCUUGACCGCCCUAGCAACCUCUGGAGGCACCUUCUUGCUCAGUGCGAUUGGAUUCCGUCGUCUGCACGUAGCAGAGUCGAAGCUGAAGCUCAUCCGUGCAGAGCUCAAGAAACGAGAUGUUCCUCUGCAUAAAUUACAGAAACGAGAUGUCUUGAUCCCCUUGGGAGCAUGCGCUGUGGGCUUCGGCGUUGGUCAUGGGUUUGAUGAGGCCGCUAUUCAUGUCACCCACACCUUCGCUCCAGGCCUGUUUCCGGGUGACUCUGUCGCGCAUGCAUUCUCUAUGAAUCCUGGUGAUUCCAUCAGCGGUGCAGCGCAUGGGGCUGCACAACAACUCCACGAGAUGGGCCACGCCAUAAUGAGCCUGGACAAUGGGGUUUCAGCAGCUCAGGAUCUUGCGAGGGUCGCCAUAUCGGUUCCUCAGACGUCUGUUGAAGAGGCUGUCGGAUUUCAUGCUGGUAUGGUUGCAAUGCAGGCUGCCGAGAAGGGUAUUGCUAGCGUGGCGUCUAGCAGCCUGGCAACGCAAGGCAUGAAAGCCAUGACUGGAGAUGCUGAUCAGAUGGAUGGCUUACAGAAUUAUUGA